AUGACCAGGCAUGUUACAGAUGAGACGCCCCCGGAGUUAAAUGCCAAUUCCGUCGAGAAGGACGCGGGCCAAACUGCGAAUGCCAAAGGCAAGGGCAAGGACACAGGCAGCAGCACCUCCGCCUUGGCUCGUUUACAAUCGUCUAGCAACAUGCUAUCCCGAGCCGUGCUCUCGGGCUCCUCGAUAAGCGACGCACCAGAAACUUCGGCUGGAGCAAGUGUGGCCGCAAAAGUUGGAGGCAGCAGGCCGUUCAACAGCCAAGGGGAGUCAGCACACGCUGCGUACAGGACGGAAGAUUUCGAGAAGUUCAUGAGCGGUCAUGAUAAGGACCCUGGGGUCAUAACCUCGCACUUCAAAGGCAAGGGCAUCGCUGAAGCGGAUCUGGAUGAGGCCAGGGAUGGCUCUGGUGUCCUCGAGCUUCUGUCUAGUGCUGAUGCGCUUGAGGAGGUUUACUCGAUGUCGGAAAACGACGACUCAGUUGAUCCCCAAGCCGCGGACAUGCUGCGCAAGGCGCUUUUCGAGGCACCGAGAUCGAGAAACGUCCCAUGGGACCAUCUGCUUAACUUCGAACCCGACUUUAUCAGCACCCCAAAAGGAGACUCCAAUGAGGCUUUCAAUCAGUUAGGGACAUUUCAUGUGGACGAGGCGAGGGAGAUGUGGGUUGAUCAAUGGCGAGACGUCCUGUCAUCGUAUACCGACGAAGUGUGGGGUGCCCUCGAGCCAUUGGUGGUUGCAGCCCGACAGGAGGUGGAAGCGGCACCUGGUGCGAGCGAUACCGUCCACAAAGACAAGAAAGCUAGCAACGGAGCACUGCAGAGACUGAGAAUGAUAUUGGCUCACGUCAGAGGAUCUCCAUAG